UUACUCUCUAAUUCAAACGGCUUUCUCACGUUUGAAUUUGUUGGAUUGCCGGUAAGGCGGUAACUGCAGUUCAGAAAACUUGUUUCGAAAAUUCUUCUCCCUAUCAAUGAUUUCUUCUCAGUUAAUUGGAAUGGAAUCUUUUCGGGAGUUCAAAUCAUUUGCAACUGAAGAUUUUGUUCAUACUGAUAUUUCUAAAACGCACGAGGAGAGUCAACUACCAAAAGUUAAUAUAAAUGUCCCAGUUUUGCCUCCCACAAAAUUUCCCAGAAAUGAAGCUGCUCUUGCAUUUAUCCCAAUAAGGGAUAAUGAGAAAAUCACUGUUUGGAAACAGUUUCUGUUUAUACGGAGAACACAGGGUAUUUACCAAGCAUUUGAGUUAUUGUCACAAAUGGAUUUGAAUAAGUGUUCAGCAAACAAAAUGACAUGUGGACUAUUAAGUCUUUGGAAAACUUUAAAAGCAAUUCAGAGUGUUAUAGUGCCCAAUUCCAGUGUGUUGUCUAGUGUUAAUACUAUAGCUACAUUUUCACAUACAAAAGACUGGUCUACUAGCCCUGUAAGAUUUCUUGCCUGGCAUCCCCAUUGCAACAAGCUCGCAGUUGCUACUAGAGAUGAUACUGUACUUGUGUAUACCGGUUCUACGUCUACUCCAGUUGUCGUCCGUCAUUCAUCACAGAAAGACAUUUCAUCUUUAGCUUGGAGACCCCUGUGUUCGGCUCAGUUAGCUGUUGGUUGCGCUUUGGGAGUGGCUCUUUGGACGGUCGAUCCAGCUUCAUUAGGAACCCGACCGUCUGCCUCAUGCUUAACUCACUUGCCUCAUCCAACAUCAGUCAAUACCGUUUCCUGGGAUCCUCAGGGCAAAUAUUUGGCUUCCGGUAGUGCAAAAGAUUCUUCCUUGUACAUAUGGAAUGUUGAAAAUCGUGAAGCAACUUUACUCCAGAAAAUGCAUGGAGGCGGAUACACUUUUCUGACUUGGAACCCAACAGGUGACCGUCUUUUAGCAGGCACACCAGGAAACGUAUUCAAAAUUUGGGAAACCAGAACAUGGUCAGCCGAGAUCUGGGAUGUGAUGGACGGUCAUAUUCAGGCAGCGGCAUGGAGCCCGUGUGGAACGAAAGCAAUUUUUGCAGAUUCCGUUCACCCCAUACUUUAUUGUGUGGAUAAGAGCUCCUCAACAAAAGCCGCGACUGUGGUAGCUGACUUCACAGAAACUCAGUCUUUAACAGAAGAAACUGAGAGAUUCGGUGGUCUGGUACAAGAUCUUGUGUGGGAUUCCCGAGGAGAAAGAUUGGCUGUCAUUUUUCGAACUUCAGAUUAUGUGGCCCUAUUCCGCACCCGAUAUUCGCCAACUUUGAGUUUGUUUCCAUGUGGCGUGAUGAAAGGAGAACUUGAUGAAGUGGCAACUACGAUUCAAUUUAAACCUGAUUUUGAAAAUGGAGCCCUUCUAACUGUGGGUUGGUCCUCCGGUCGAAUUCAACAUGUGCCUUUUUCUUUUCUUCCUCAACACCUUGAGACCUAAAUUCAACCGUAAUUUUCCCAUAUUCUUAUCGGCAAACCUUUCGUGAAACCAUGAUAAUUUACUAGUACAUGCUAUCUCAAAUAAAUAACAAAAUAUAAAUGUUUUGUCAAAA